AUGGAUUUAUUUUUAGCUUCCUUCGCCUGUGGCUCAGCUAUUUUGCCCGGUGUCUCCACGUAUAUGAUCUUGAAUACACUACCUACCCACCUACCUGACGUAGCAGUAGGAGCCAGGCCUACACAGUAGCGUAUCCAGGACCUGUGCCGUAAAUAAUACCUGAUGAUGCAUAUAACUUACCUAGCUCUGCCCCAGCUAGAGGGCGCUACAGGUAAGAUGACGGCAAUAGUUUUGGCCUUGGGAGACCUACGAAUAUAUUCUACCCAUUGUAGUGCAAGUUGACGACUCUUCGCAGCUAAGAUUCAUCUUCACUAUAAUGGCUUAUAUGCAUAUUUCUAUGAGGAGCAGCCCAUUAAAGGGGUAUAUCCAUCCAUUCCUUUCGUAUUUCUUCUACCUUCACAACCUUGUAUUACGGAUAAACGGUCAAAAGCAGACGCAAAUAGUUACGAAACCGUCAUAUCCGACGACGGCAGCGUUCCGAAGGGUAGACUCAGAAGCUCAACUUGACCUAGAUUACCAUGCGCGGUACUGGUGGAGAUCUUCAGGGUACGCACUGGCUGUUCUGCUCGACAAGGCAGGAUACUCUAGCCAUGCGCAGUACGACAUAUUAAAAUUCGUCAAGGCGAUUACACCCAGCCUAGGCGCUGCUUACGUGCCCGGAAGGCAGCGAUGGAAGAGCUUCAUGACGGACGAUCACAAUCCCAUAGAGCUGAGCUGGGAUUGGCGUACGGGUGGUAAAUCGCCCAAGAUACGAUUUUCUAUCGAACCUGUCGGGGUUCACGCGGGCACUCAUCUCGAUCCCAAUAACCAGUACGCUGCCUCUGGGCUCUUAGAGUCAAUGCUGCAGCUACUCCCUGAAGCAAACAUGGAGUGGCUUGCCCACUUCCGGCUGAGGCUGAGCGGCGAGGAGGCAAUGGGUUCGGUAGAAGGUCACCAGUCGAAGGAAUUCUAUGCCUUUGACUUGGGGGAGGAGGGCGUCAUAAGUAAAGCAUACUUCUUCCCCGGAUUCAAGGCAAAGGCAACACGGCGGUCCAACAUUGAUGUCAUAUCCGACACAAUCCAGACGGCGCCUGGCAGCUCACCGGAGAAGCUUCAAGCUCUAAAGGUGUUCCAAGAGUACGUCCGUGAUCCGUCGAGUCCGCAGCUAGAGAUGGAUAUGCUGGCCAUAGACCUCGUGGAUCCAGCCGAGUCCCGCUUCAAGAUCUACUUUCGAAUCCGUGAUACCAGCUUCGCAUCUGUUAGGACUGCUAUGACUUUGGGGGGUCGUGUUCGGAUGCCGGACAUGGAGCGAGGCCUAGAGGAUUUACGGUCGAUAUACCACGCAUUAUUGGGCAAGGGUACGAAUGAAGAUGCUGAUGACGUGCAACUCCCCGCUAAGAAUCAUCGAACGGCUGGAAUCCUCUAUAAUGUGGAGUUCAAAUACGGAAGCAAAAGUCCCAAGGUCAAGGCUUACUUGCCUGUCCGGCACUACGCACGAAACGAGGAAGCCAUCAUGUCGGCGGUUGAGACGCAUCUGCGCGGAGCCAGCCCCCUGUCUAAAGUAAACAUGGUUAACUAUAGGAGUGCUAUGGGGACGAUAUUCUCCCGAGAAGCGUUAAGGGCACGUAGCGGACUACAUACCUAUAUUGGAUGUUCGGUAGAGACAGGUGGCGAGCUACGCCUUGUUUCGUACAUCAAUCCUCGCCAAUUGAAGUUUGCCCAUGCGCCUGAGGAGAUCUAGGUUGCAUGGAUGCAGACUGAGUUACCCAAUUAAAUUAUGGAAAAUGGGAUAUUCUAUUUUCGUUAUCCUUGCAGGGUCUCCAUCAGGUACAGGGGCACAGCGGCACAGGCAGACUAACGAUGGAUUCAACGGCUGAUCCAAUCCAUCCCUGUAUCCUGCAUACGUAAAACAUCCAAGGACAAUCCCCUGAGCUCUCAGC